AACAGGUUUUUUUGCAAUCGUGAUUCGCAACACACGUAUAAAUAUUCACACACACACACGAUACAUUGAAACUACAUUUGUCGAGCAAAAAACCUCGUACGUUUAACGAACGUAUAUCAGUUGAGACGAUAGCCCAUAUAAUACAUCGAUAAAAUAAAACGUCAGUUCUGUGCGCCUGCCGCACUGAAUCGCAAACGCGAGAGCGCUCGGAUCAACAAGUCUGCAUAGCAGCGAUUUCGACGUCGUCGUAUUUCUGCAAUAUCACUCACUCGCUCUCUUUCUAUCUCUCCGUCUUUUGACAAUCGACUCUCGCACGUCGAGCGGACGGCGAAACAGUUCGAGAUUUUUUCCGAGUAACUUUUCACCCAGUGUUUCCGAAUUUUUUCUCACUGCUGUUAUAAAGAAGACUUGUUAUUGUUGUUGUUGUUGUUAUUGUUGUUCAGAAUGGCUGAUGAAUUGAGAUUCGAUGGCCGGGUCGUUGUUGUUACCGGAGCUGGGGCAGGACUCGGAAGAGCUUAUGCACUUUUAUUCGGAUCGCGAGGAGCGAGCGUCGUUGUCAAUGACUUAGGCGGUGGCAGACACGGCGAUGGUAGCAGUACCAAAGUCGCAGAUACCGUUGUCGAUGAAAUACGCAGAGCAGGUGGCAAAGCCGUAGCCAAUUAUGACAAUGUUUUGGAUGGUGACAAAAUCAUUCAAACUGCUCUGGAUGCCUUUGGACGUAUUGACAUUGUGAUAAAUAAUGCCGGUAUCUUGAGGGACAAAUCUUUCCAGAAAAUGACAGAAACAGAUUGGGAUUUAAUUCAUGACGUUCACUUGAAAGGAGCAAUGCGCGUGACAAGAGCUGCUUGGCCACAUUUGAAAAAACAAGGAUACGGCAGAAUCAUCAUGACAUCUAGCAACAGUGGUCUUUAUGGUAAUUUUGGCCAACCCAAUUACAGUGCAGCUAAAAUGGGUCUUGUUGGAUUAGCAAGUACUUUGGCUCUUGAAGGAGUGAAAAGUAAUGUUUUGACAAAUGUAAUAGUCCCAACUGCUGGUUCAAGAUUAACAGAAGACAUUGUGCCUCCAGACUUUUUUGAACAAUUAAAACCUGAAUUUAUUGCUCCCACUGUAAUGUGGUUGUGUCAUGAAGAUUGUUCUGAAAAUGGUUCAAUCAUAGAGUCUGCUAUUGGAUGGACUGGAAAAUGUCGCCUUUAUAGAUCAAACGGAAUGAUGCUUAGAAAAAAUUUAAAUGAUAUGGUAACACCUGAAGAUGUCAGAAACAAUUGGGAUGCUAUUACAAGCAUGUCUGGUGCAAAGGCUUACGAUUCAAUUCAAGAAGUUACUGGUGAAAUUAUGACUACACUUGAAAAUUUAAAAUCAGCCAGCUCAUCUGUGUCAAACAAAGAGCUUGUUCUGCACACGAAUUACACUAUUCGUGAUUCUAUUCUUUAUGCUUUGGGUGUGGGUGCCACUAGGCGAGAACCUAGUGAUAUGCAAUAUUUAUAUGAAAAUCAUGAGAAUUUCUCACUGGUGCCAACAUUUUAUGUAACUUUUGGACCAAUUGGUUGUAUGACUUCUUCUCUUCUCCAAGAUGGACUUCCUGAUUUACAAUUAGAUCCUACACGAAUUUUGCAUGGAGAGCAGUAUUUAGAAAUUCAUAAGCCUAUGCCUACAGAAGCUAAAGUGGAAAGUAGAUUCACAAUACAAGAUGUUAUGGACAAAGGAAAAGGAGCUGUGAUACUUGUGAAAUAUGAAACUUUUGAUGUAGAAACUGGAGAAAAGCUUGCAACGAACCAAAUGUCAGCAUUUGCAGUAGGAGCUGGAGGCUUUGGAGGUCCAAGAAACUCGCCUCAUGUUAUACCUUGCAUAGAUGCACCAAAAAAGAAACCAUGUGCCUCUGUUACACAGAAAACAAAUUCUGAUCAGGCUGCCUUAUAUAGACUAAGCGGUGAUUACAAUCCACUGCACAUGGACGAUAAUAUGGCUAUUAUGUCCGGCUACAAAGAACCAAUUUUACACGGUCUAUGCUCGCUAGGAUUUUCAGCUAGACAUGUUUUGCAAACUUUCGCAGAUGGAAAUCCAAAUGCGUUAAAAGCAUUAAAGGUACGAUUCGCUGCGCCCGUGAAGCCGGGAGAGACACUGCGAACCGAUAUGUGGCGCAACGGCAACAGGAUUCACUUUCAAACGACCGUGCUGGAGAACAAUUCGAACGUCAUUACGGGCGCCUACAUGGAUCUGCACGAAGCCAAGAGUCCGGCCAGCAUGAGCCGCAACCUGUGCUCGACCCAGAACUGCGAGAGCGACGGCGUCUUCGGCCAGAUGGCCGACUACUGCAAGAGCCACCCGGAGCAAGUGAAGAAGAUCAACGGAGUGUUUCAUUACAUCAUCACGCAGAACGGCAAACCGGUAUCCGAGUGGACCUUGGACUUGAAGAAAGGAGUCGUGUGCCGAGGCAAACCCGAGGGUAAGAUCGACACGACCCUGACCAUCGACGACAAAGACAUGGUGCUGAUGGCCCUCGGCAAGAUCAAUCCCCAGCUGGCUUUCAUGAAGGGAAAGCUGAAGAUCAAGGGCAACAUCAUGCUCACCCAGAAACUGAAGAGUCUGAUCGACGCCAACAAGCCGAAAUUGUAAAUGUGUUUUGUAUCCGAUAGGGCAAACUCUUUUAUAUUUAUUUUUUUUUGUCAUGUUGUAUACAUAUUUUUUUGUUACUUCUAUGUUGUUAUACCAGUGGUAAUCAUUCCUCUCUCUCUCUAAAUGUAUAGUAUUAGUUAUUGCGCUGGGGGUAUAUGGAAUUUUUUUUUUUUGGGACGAACGGGGUUUAUAUGUAUGUGAACGUGUAUAUUCGAUCGAAUUUUUUGACACUGAAAUGAAAUUACACGUUGCAUUUGUUUACUAUAAA